AGAGAUAAAUGUGGUUUCCCGAACGUAGGAUAGUCCAAACAGACAUUCUCUGGUCCAAAACACUCCUAAACGCAAGGAAAUCUUUGGCAAGACUAAUAACAAGACUUUGGAAAUUAAUAACCAGUACCUCAGUGCCGUAAACUCAGAAUAUGGCUUCCAAACAUGGUUUCACAGAAGAGGACUUUUCUUGCCCUGUGUGCCGAGACGUCUUCAAGAAUCCUGUAAUCAUGAAAUGUAGUCACAGUGUGUGUAAAGCCUGUCUGGAUCGAUUCUGGGAAACUAAAGGACACAGAGAAUGUCCUGUGUGUCGGAAACGAUCCUCCAACUCGACCCCACCUUCAAACUUAGCUUUAAAGAACUUGUGUGAGACCUUCCUACAGGAGAGAAAUCUGAGAGCUUUAGCAGCGGCGCAACUCUGCACACUGCACAACCAAAAGCUCGAGGUCUUCUGCGCGGAGGACUUGCAGCCUGGGUGUGCGGCGUGCAGAGACUCAGCGGAACAUUCGAGUCACAACUUUACUCCCAUAGAUGGAAUGACAACAGGGGAAUAUAAAGAGAAAAUGCACACACUUCUGGAUAAGAUCAAGACAUAUCGUUAUAGUGCAGUGACUUGGGAAGUAAUGGCAAAACACAUUAAGACACAGGCCCAAAACACAGAGAAUCAGAUCAAGGUGGAGUUUGAGAAGCUUCACCAGUUUCUACGCAAUGAAGAGAAAGCCAGGAUAUCUGCAGUGAGGGAGGAAGAGGAGCAGAAGAGUCAGAUGAUGAAGGAGAGGAUCUCCACUCCCCCAGCCACAGUCAGAGCCAUAGCAGAGCAGAUGGAAGCUGAUGACAUCACUUUUUUACAGAACUACAAGAGCACAAUGGAAAGAGCCCAGUGCACACUGCAGGAUCUGAAGGGGGUUUCGGGAGCUCUGAUCAAUGUGGCAAAGCACCUGGGCAACCUGAAGUUCAGAGUCUGGGAGAAGAUGCAGGAUAUUGUUCACUACACUCCUGUGACUCUGGAUCCCAACACUGCACAACCAGAACUCAUCCUGUCUGAGGAUCUGACCAGUGUGAUAUGGGGUGAGGGGAAACAGCAGCUUCCUGAUAACCCAGAGAGAUUUGAUUUCUAUCCUAAUGUCCUGGCAUCAGAGGGCUUUGACUCUGGGACUCACUGCUGGGAUGUGGAUGUCAGGGAUGUCAUGGACUGGACUGUAGGAGUGGUGGAAGAGCCCCUCGAGAGGAAGGGAGGCUCACCCUCUAAGACUGGACACUGUUCUGUGGAAUGUCGGUUUGGUACAGAAUACGCAGCCUAUUCUCCCACACAGGAUCACCCUCACCGUGAUAUAGAGCAGACGCCACAGAGGAUCAGAGUGCAGCUGGACUGUGACCGAGGAACGGUGGCAUUCUCUGACCCUGAUAAUAACACACACCUGUACACUCUCACACACAUGUUCACUAAGAGAGUGUUUCCGUACUUUCAGUCUCUCUGUAAUAUCUCUCCUCUGGUUAUCUUACCAAUGCAGGCCUCAGUGAGAGUAGAGCAGCUUAGCUAGAGCAACCUGUUCCAUGAUGCCAAGAGCUCCUAUGAGUCUAUGGCUCUGAUGUGCAGGCUUUGCGUUCUUAUUUCAUACAUUCUCAGUUGCUUCAUUACCAUGUUCAGUCCUCAGUAAGCGUGAAUCGGCUCAGUUAGAGCUACUGACAGUGUCUCGGUCUCAAACAGAGAACAAAUAAACUUCCUUCAAGUUA